CGACUUCUGAUUCUCUGACAGCUCUGACUUCUGACUUUUAAGAUUUUUUUUGCUCUCUUCACUUUUAGAACUAUAAACUAAGCAAUCACAGUGCAAUAAAAUGCCAAAUAUGAUUAGAAAACGACGUCAAAAGGCUAUUGUUGGUGCUAGACAAAUUAGGAAUCGGGUACAUGCACAGUUAAACGAAUACUAUGCACAAGUGGAAAACGAAGAUAUGCCUAACUUACUAAAUAUGCCAUAUGAAGAGAAUAAUGGAAAUGUAGGUGACAUACCUGGAAGCUUUAAUGAACAUCUGGGGCGCACAAUGAGACAAGUCACACACCAAAGUUAUUCGAACAACUCAGUGAGAGAAGCAGGAACCCCAAUCAGACAGUACGGCAAUGAACAAGAAAAUCAAGUAGACCUGGACCAAGAAAAUCAACCGGACAGUGAACCAGACAGUGAUUACUGCUUUGAUGAUCACGACUCAUUAAGAAUAGAGCUUUCAAUUAGCUUUCAAAUUGCUUGCGUGACAGUUGUGUCAUUAUUCAUGAUAAAACACUGCAAUAUUUCUUGAUUAAUAACUUCGUCGAUAUUGCUGGCACCCCAUAUGUUAUUGGGAAAAGAUAUCUGAAGGUUGAAUCUAUGUUUGAGUACCCUCUGUCGUCAACAAAUUUGUUUGAAGCUGUCGUGUCUUGUUUAUCUGAAUUGGAAUUAUACCCCUUCCAUGUUAUCAUGUAUAAAUGUAUCAGAAUUCCAACCAGUUUCCCAGAAAUAGGAAAGUUUUUUGUGUCUCGUCUAUUGAACUUAAAAUUCAACUAAUAAUCUUAUCUUAUUUCACUAAUAUGAAUAAACAUUGAAAUUUAA